AUGAUUAAAUUUGCUUUUUUUCAUUUGAGAAAUCCCUUUAUUCAUCGAAUAAAUUUCUCAAGUUCCACAGCUAAAGGCAAACAACGAGUGUUAACAAAAUAAUAAGAGUAAUUUGUGAAGGAACUUAAAAAUACUUAUAAGUCCUUAGCUGAUAAUUUAUAAAGUAUUUUAAGAAGAUAAAAAAUUAGGUGAGGAAUCUGUGCUAAAUUUAUUUAAGAAGGAUUAAGAAGAAGAAAAGUAGGAGAAAAAAGGGUCUCCAAAUGAAAAAGCUGUAAUUGCUUAAUAUAUGAAUAUUCUUAACUAUAGGUAUAAGGAUUGAAAAUAUGGUUAGUUUUGCUUAGUACUAUUAAAGUCUAAGUCCAGAGGAGUAAUUGAAAAGAAGUAAGGAUAUUAUAAGGUCUGAUGCAUUAAAAAAAGAUUGGGACACUUUUCUGAAGGAAAAUAGAGACUAUUAGGAUUAUUCACUUUUUGAUAAAAAUCUUCUCGCAAUUAAAUAUAGUCAUAAAGACUAUGAUCCUCGAGAUGCUAAAUAUAAAAACAGAUUGAACUUUUAUGGUGAUUUAGAUGAAAAUGUUUACGAAAGACAACAGAAGGAAAAUAUAUAUAGUUUCAUAUAUCAAAAUCCUGAAAAUAAAAAAGUGGCUAGGAAAAUGCCAUAGAGGAGAAAAAUAAGGCUUUCAUUUAGAAAUCGAAGGGCUAAAAGAGCUACUAGAGCCAAGGAGUUAAUUUCUAGGAAAAUAAAGGAUAAUUAAAAAUGGUUAUUAAAUCGAGGUAACUUUUCUAAAAGAAGACGUAGAAGAGUUAUUGCUCCAAAAUUAUCAUUCAGAGCUAAAUUUGAAUUGUUUGGAUUAUUUAAUGAGGGUUGGACAGUUAGAGAUUUAUCUAUUAAAUAUGGAAUCAUGCCAUAUAGAGUAAAGGCAAUCAUCUAUCAAAAAAGAUACUUUUUCGAUGAAGUCUUUCCUCAUCUUCCUUUUGAAUAUGUAAGGGAUUUGAUUGCAAUUGAAUUAUAUUUUGAAAAAUAAUUUGGAGCUGUUGAUUAUGGUGUUGAUUUAUAGUAAAUGAGAAAAGUUGAGUCAGGAUAUCUGUAGACUAAGUAUUUAAUUAAAUAUAGCUUAUGAUAGUUUCAAGACUCCUGAUAGGAAUGUUGAUAUUGCAAAAUUAUCAGAGAAAGAACAAGAAAGAAUAAAGAAAUUAUUUGAAGAAAAGAAAUCAAAGAAAUAUGAUAUUGUAACAGAAAAUUUCUAAGGAUAAGGAAAUAAAGGGUAUGAACAUCAAAUUAUUUAAGUUAUUAUUUGAAAUCCUGGAUAAUGCAUAAAACACGUUCUAGACAUGGUGUCAAUAGAAUAUUUGAAAGAAUAAUUAAGGACAGUGAUAAACCAUACAAGUUACCAGUGACAGCUUAAGCUAGAUUAAAAGAAGGUCCUCGUAUUGCAAGCACUUAAUUUGGUCAUAAGUGAGAUUAGUAUUUUAAGAAAUAUAUAAACAUAUACCC